AUGCUGGGAGGUUUCUGGCAGGUGACGGACAUCAUCAUCCCGAAUCGCCAGCGCUCCUCUGCACAGUUCUUCUCCGUCAUGAAUUCGAGCAGCGGCGGAAGCAGCAGCAGCGGCGGCAGUCCCGGCGAGGCGCGGACGCACUGCGGUCUUCCCGCGCACCAGCGCCCGCAUCCGCCGCCGCGGCCGUCGUACCCGCCUGACCCGCGCGCGUUCGACUUCUCCUUUGCACUCAACAACCCCGAAUUCAGCGACCGCUGCCUCUCCCUCGAAAUUGCCGCGGAUGAGCUGGAGGACGAAGGUGGUCGUGAGCCGGGGGAAGAGCAGGAGCACGCGGAGGAAGGAUGGCGUAAGCAGGGACACGAGAACGGUCACGAGCGAGAGCGCGGAGAGGAAUUACGGAAGGGUAAAGAAGAGCGGAUGGGGAAUAACGGAAUGGCGUUUGCAGAUCUCGCUGCCACAGCUGGCAUGGACGGCUCAGAUUCAAGCACGAUCGACGGCGUGACUGAUGCCGCAGCAGCCUCUGCUGCUGGCGCUGACAGAAACAGUGGAGGUGCAGCAGCAGCUGGUGCUGCUUUCAUUGGCAGCAGAAGCAGCAGCAGCAGCAAGAGCAGCAGCAGCAGCAGAAGCAGCAGCAGCAGCAGCGGGGGUGCAGAGCAGCAGGUGCAGGUGCCUUGUGAGACAUCUCAGAAGCCUCGUAGGGUGCAGGUGCACGUGAUAUCAGCCAUCCUCGUGUCCCAGUCUGACUUCUUCAAAUCUCUCUUCUCACCGCAAUGGCGCCUGCCUCCUCCUCUCCCUCCUCCUUCUACUUCGUCUGACUGUGCAAAGCCUGCUCCGGUCACCAUCCGACUCGCACCCGAAGAGCAUCACCCCUUCAUGCAUCUGCUGCACUAUCUGUACACGGGGCGGCUAGGCUCCGAUGAUCCCGAGGCUGUGCUGCACCUGCUGCUGCUGGCGAAUAAGUUCUCCGUGCUAUCCUGUGUGGACGUGUGCGCGCACCACCUGAGGGAGGUGCCUCUGACGCUUGACAUCGCCUGCACGCUCCUCCGAGUCUGCUCCAACGUUGCUCUCUCUGACGCUGCCUCCUUCCUCCUUGCCUCCUCCUCGGCCUUCCUGGUGCAGCACUUCACCUCUCUGGAUGCCACCUGGCAGACGCCCGACUUUCUCUCUCUCCCUCUCGAGGCGCUGCAAGCCCUGCUGGGGAGCGACGACGUGGGAGUGCAGGCCGAGGAGACGGUGCUGCAAGCCUGCCUGCACUGGGUGCGGCACCACUGGCCGGACGACUUAGCACAGCGCAAGGAGAUGCUGGGAAGGUUAGCAGGCAACAUUCGCUUCCCAGCAAUGGCAACAUCUGCCCUGCAUGCGCUCAUCACCACCACACCAGAAGCGGACUCCCCCACCCUCCACGCACUCGUCACAGAGGCCCUCUGGUUCAAGUGCUCCUCGUUUGAACGCCAGCAGCAACUGAUUCUAGGCUCAAUUCAGCAGCAGCACAGGCGAUACCAGCGCCGGCGCCAGCUGUCCGUCUGUAGCGAGGUGCUGCUGCAGGACUGCUACAUGCUACAGCCGGGACAGGCAAUACUCUUGGCAGGAGGAGCGUGGCUGCACGGCAAACUCUUCUCGCUCAAGGUCAUGCGAGUGGCAGCGCCUGUUGGGGGGUCAGACUUCGGCCUGUUUCUCCAAGCUUCUCAG